AUGGGCUCGAUUGCACAAACCAUCCCCAUUGUGGGCUCUAAGACCGCGGGGCAGUAUCCUCAACCUUUGAAACAGACAGGUAUCCUCGAAAGAUUCGAAUAUGAAGAUGUGACCCCAGUCAUUGGGCGGGAAUUUCCCUCUGCCAAUAUUGUAGAUGACUUUCUCAACUCACUCGAUGGGGAUGCCCUCUUGAGAGACUUGGCCAUCACCAUCAGUGAGCGAGGAGUCGUCUUCUUCCGGAAGCAGGACAACUUGACCAAUGAUCUUCAAAAGCAAUUUGUCCAUCGACUUGGUCAGUUGGUCGGCAAGCCCACAGACUCGACCCUUCAUAUUCAUCCCGUCUUGAAUGGCUCUGGCGAGUUUGGAGAUGAUCCACAAAUCAGCAACAUCUCAUCAGUCGGCCGUAAGAAGCUGUUUGGCCCUCAAAGUCAAAAGGACAAGCGCAAGUAUGAUGCCGCUCUCUGGCACAGCGACAUUCAAUUCGAGCCUGUUCCUGCCGACUACACCAGUUUACGACUGGUAGAGCUCCCCAAAACUGGGGGCGAUACCCUGUGGGCUUCAGGCUACGAGAUCUAUGAACGCUUCAGCAAGCCAGUGCAGAAGUUUCUUGAAGGUCUAACGGCCACGUACAGUGGUGUCGGAUUCAUCAAGGCCGCUGAAGCAGGCAGAGCCACACUGUAUGAGCAGGAGAGAGGCUCUCCUCUGAACGUCGGCAAGAAACUCACCGCCGUCCAUCCGGUCGUGAGAACAAAUCCCGUCACGGGAUGGAAAUCCAUCUUUGCCAUUGGACCCUUCCCUCAGUAUAUCAAUGAUGUUCAUGAGGAUGAGAGUCGUGAUAUUCUCAAGAAGCUUCAUGAUACCAUUAUCGAGAACCAUGACUUGCAGGUUCGAUUCAAGUGGAAGAACCAGAAUGACAUUGCCAUCUGGGAUAAUCGCAGUGUCUUCCAUUCAGCCACUUUUGAUUAUGACGGUCUCGGCGAGCGAUUUGGAAAUCGUGCCGUGGGUAUCGGUGAAGCUCCAUAUCUGGAUCCAAACAGUAAAGGAAAAAGUGAGGAUAUCUCGGUUUAG